CUCCACUCUUCGCCCCCACGCGCGCACUCGCCUCAUCUCUCGACCGCGACCGCCUCGCCUCCAUCCCCUCCCCGCCGCUCCCUUUUCUGGCGGCCAACCUUGCUCGCGCUUCCUAAAUGGAAACCGACAGCCGUCGCCGCAGCAGUUCCAUGCAACCUCGUUCCCCUCCUCUGGCAUUCCUCUAAGCCAAUGCCAUGCUGCUGCCUUUUCUCUCGGCGCUGUUGGCCGUUUUCGUUCCAUCCUUUCCCUGCCGAGGCUGGUCUCCCUCGUCUUCUUCAGAAUCCGGACGAAAGGAACCGACAAGACUCACCUUGCCUCCUCUCAACUCCUCUUCUUCCCCCAAGUCCUCUGUAAACUGGGGCGAGUUUCCGACCGAUUUUGAGAAAGGGCGAGGAAAGGCCACCAAGGCUGCGGCUGUAGCUACUCCUUCACCUGAGUCACCCCGCUCCGCGCCCCAGCAGGAGGAGCAGCCCCGCGAGGAGCAGCCGUGCAACAUCAGCGUGCAGAGACAGAUGCUGAGCUCAUUGCUGGUGCGCUGGAGCCCGCUGGGCUUCCAGUGUGAUCUCGUGCUCUUCUCCACGAGCGGCCCCGGCGGGCGCGCCUUUUUCUCGGCCGCCUUUCAUCGCGUCGGGCCGCCGCUGGUUAUCGAGCAUGUUGGGCUGGCAGCUGGUGGCGUACAGCAGGACCUCCGCCUAUGCGUGGGCUGCAGCUGGGCGCGAGGUAGGCGCGUCGGCCGCCUUCGCCCGGCCGCCUCCAGCCCAACCGCAUCGACUCCUCCUUCGGCUGCCCUCUACUCCUGGUCUACUCCGGACCACGGACAGCCUUGGCAGCAAGGGGAGCGACUCCACUUCUGCUGUCUGGAUUUCAGCUUGGAGGAUCUCAAGGGAGAUCCCGGCUGGAGGAUGAACCGCAAGCCCAUCGAGUCCACCCUGGUGGCCUGUUUUAUGACUCUGGUCAUCAUCGUGUGGAGUGUGGCUGCCCUCAUCUGGCCGGUGCCCAUCAUCGCCGGCUUUUUGCCCAACGGCAUGGAGCAGCGGAGGAAUACCCCCACCUCGACAACAGCUGCAGCGAAAUGACCGUCUUCCUCCCGUAUCUGGUCCGAUGUCACACAAGUUGUAUCGUUGAGAGGCUCUGGAUGGGGAGGGGCUCUUAUCUUGCGGGCUGGAUGGAGGGGUUCUUAUCUUGGCAUAAGUUGAUUAUUUUUUGUAAUGUUAAAAGGAAUCUAUUUUGUAAAUUAUUAUGUUAAAGCCAACUUCUUGAUGUUGGAUGUAGAAGGCUAGAGUUAGGUAGAAAUCUUCGAACUAGAUUGAUUUGUUCCCAGUAAUUCUUUUGAAAAACAACCUAUACCUGCUUCUAGUUAGUUUAGUUAAGAGACUUUAUAGGUAUAUUUAUAAUGUGCCCAAAUUCAUAUCUGAGGAAAUGACCAAAACCUGUGUAUCUGCUUUAUAUAUUUAAAAAGAAACUCUUUUAAGUCAAUAUUUUAGUAGCAAAGCACACAAGUCCAGUGCAUUUCACAGUAGUUGUAAGUUAUUUGUAUACAAAUACAAUUUGUCUUUGCAAAUGUAAAUUUACUAAAAAGAAACUUUUUGGCAAUACUUAAAUUUGCUAACAGUACUUGAUGGAUCUGAAUUUCAGGCACUCUUUUAUAGUGUGUGUGUAUGAUUGAUUCUUAUUAGAGAUAUUGUGUGAUUUCUUAUGUAAAUCUGUGCAAACAUUAAUACCGAUUUUAUUUGCUGAAGUGUCCAGACUUUGCAUGGUAUCUUUCUAUCAGUGAUUUUGCAAGUAUAAAUCAAAUAGAGGAAGAAGCAAGGUGUUGGUGCCUCUCUUUAUCCUCAACAUUCAAUAUAAAAUCCACUGUGGAAUGAUGGAUAAUCAUUCUUUUCUUCUUCUGAUUUUAUAAGUCAAAUCUUUGAAAAAAUUGAUAAAGCUGCCUUCUCUAAUCUAAUAUGGCAUAGAAAUCAACAGUUGCCGCAUAUCUAGGAGUUGCCACUGGAUAAGGCUGUCUAAUUUUUUGUGUAACCUCUUUAUAGUAACAAGAAUUCUACCAUUAAUAGGUUGCAGAUGAGGAGUACAUUGUGUGCAGAACCCAUGGUUGUAUGUAAUUUAUAAUAAGCAUAUUUAGUCUAAAGCCCCCUACCCCAUUUAUUAAAAAACCUUUUGAGACAAUUGCCAACUAAUUGUACAUUCAGUAAGAUUCUGUUAAUUCAGAAUAUUAAUUUUAAGUUAAAUUUGGAAAAUUAGGGUUCAACCUAGAUAAAUUAAAAAAUAGUCAUAAUGUGUAAUUUAAGUUAUAGUAAGUUCCUGCACAAUAUUCUGAAAUUGUUGAGAAUAAUAAUCCAUUUUUUUCUAAUUGCUUCCCAGUCAGAGAAAUCAGAGAAAGUUAUAGAGAGAAGUGUACAAAUAGAUAUGUUUAUCUUCUGAUUUGCAUCAUAAUGUUCAUAUUAACCUUUUUGAAUAUGACAAGUGCACUUUGGAACUGCAAAUGCAUUUGACGUCAUUAGUUAAUUAUAGUUACAAAAUUAUUACUAAUUAUUAUUAUAGUUGAAUUAGGACUUUGGACUCUCAAGAGGAAAAACUGAAAGAAUAAUUUUGUUAGUUCGGUUGGGCUUUGGUCAUAGAUACCCUUAAAAAUAUAUAGGGUAAGAUAUAUUCCUAAUUAAUCAAAUUAUAAUAUUCAAGAUCCACUGUGAAAAGUAUGUAUUCUUUCUUUAGAAGUGUUAGGUAAUAGAAGAUAGCCAAAUUCAGCACAUAAACUGGGACAAAUUUAUAUUAUACUGUAAGAAAAUUAAAUCUUGUAAUUUACUGAGGCUUAGUUUGAUUUUUCAUAGAAUGAUAUUAUUUUAUAAUGUAUUUGCUCUGUGGAGUAAAAC